AUGUUUAUCUAUUUUCAGAAAGAAUCCUCAAAAGAGGACCAGUUAAUUGAAAGUUUGCUGUCAACUCAAUCAGCCAAAGAACGGGAAACAAACCGGUUAACAGAGGAAAUCCUCAUCCUUCUAGCUAAACCAACAGCGAAGGAAUUGUUGCUGAGUGAAAGAUUCAGGUCACAAGGUGGUAAGCAGGUGAAGGAAUUUUGUGGUUAUGGAACGAGAGAGGAAUGUCAGAAGAACAACAUUAUCUGUGAUAGAUUGCAUUUCAAAAAAAUCAUUCAUAAGCAUACAGAUGAAUCUCUUGGAGAUUGUUCAUUUUUAAAUACCUGUUUCCACAUGGACACUUGUAAAUAUGUACAUUAUCAAAUUGAUUACUUAGCCGUUAAUAAUAGAGUACACAUUGUCAAUGAUCAGCAGAUUAUUUCAACAUCUAACAACAACGUUGAAGAAUUGGCUUUAUCAAAAAUAGAUGACGCAACCACAACUCUUUUUCCACCUCAGUGGGUUCAAUGUGAUUUGCGUCAAUUUGACAUGUCAGUUUUGGGAAAGUUUGCUAUUGUAAUGGCUGAUCCGCCAUGGGAUAUCCAUAUGGAGUUACCUUAUGGCACUAUGUCUGAUGAUGAAAUGAGAAAAUUGAAUGUCCCGGUUUUGCAAGAUGAUGGUUAUAUAUUUCUUUGGGUCACUGGGAGAGCCAUGGAACUGGGGAGAGAAUGUUUGACGUUAUGGGGGUAUGAAAGAGUUGAUGAGUUGAUAUGGGUCAAAACCAACCAAUUACAGAGAAUAAUCAGAACUGGCAGAACUGGACAUUGGUUAAACCAUGGAAAAGAACAUUGUUUAGUUGGGGUUAAAGGAAAUUUACCUGUUAAUCGAGGUCUUGAUUGCGAUGUUAUUGUGUCAGAAGUCAGAGCGACAAGCCACAAACCUGAUGAGAUUUAUGGCAUAAUUGAGCGCCUGUCUCCAGGCACCAGGAAAAUUGAACUGUUUGGAAGACCACAUAACGUACAGCCUAAUUGGGUUACGUUGGGAAAUCAAGUUGACGGUGUGAAAUUAUUAGAUCCGGAAAUGGUAAAAGCCUUCAGGAAAGUUUAUCCUGAUGGAAACUGCAUAAAAUAA